AUGAAGACAUCCAUAGUGGCUUGUCUGUUCGACCAGUGGGGCAUGGACAUCGUGGGGCCCUUCCCCAUGGCGAUGGGUCAGAGGAAGUUCCUGCUCGUCACGGUGGACUAUUUCUCCAAAUGGAAGCUCAAGGAGUGGUACGAAGGGUACGACAUUCAGCAAGCCUUCACUUCGGUAGCCUACCCUCAGAGCAAUAGGCAGGUGGAGGUUGCCAACCGAGAAAUACUUCGGAUCCUGCGCAUUCGGCUCGACCACGUCGGAGGGAGCUGGGUAGAUGAACUCCCCAGCGUACUAUGGGUGAUCCACACAACUUCCAAGGAAGGGACCGGGGCAACACCCUUCCACCUAGUAUAUGGCAGCGAAGCGGUCGUCCCCGUCGAAGUCGGGGUUGAAUUUGACCGGAUACAACACUACAAUGAAGACAACGCCGAGCGAAGGCUUCUGGAGCUGGGCUUGGUUGGCGACUUGGUGUGGAAGAAAGUAAAGCCGGUCGGCAACGUCACCAAGCUGGAAGCUCAGUGGGGCAGACCCUUCAAGGUCGUAGAAAAGCUUCGCUUGAGUGCCUACUACUUAGAGGAUGAGGACGGGCGGCGACUAGAAUGA